AGUUUUCUUAAAUCAAUUGUAUUUAAAAAAUAAUUACAACAAGACGCUCGUAUAAAUGUGGGAGAGGCGCGUCAAACUCAGCUUGACAUUUGACAGCUACCUUUAAUUUAUUUAUUUUUUGCAAUAACGAAAACUAAGGAGAAAAAAACAAAUGUGACUUCCUUUAAACAAAAAAUAAUAAAGAGGUUAAACUACCUAUGCCAUUAGCCAAUUAAUUCGGUCGCGCCUCAGGAAUCCUCCUAUACUCCGCGACCACCGCCAUGUCCUCCAACAGCACGGCCUCGCCGGGAGCCGGCGGCGGCACCCGGUGCUGCGGAGCGACGACGCUGGUGGCCGUGGCCGCCACGUCAUUCGCCGGCUGCUUCGUCCUCGUCGUCGCCUUCCUCUUCGUGCGCUUCGUCCUGCUUCGCCAGCGCUGGCGCCACGGCGCGAGAGGGCUCCUGCUGCAGGAGCAGCGUCAGCCCAAGCCCGGCCUCGACGCCGCGGCCAUCGCACUGAUCCCGUCCUUCCCGUACCGACGGCGAGCCGGCGCCGACGGCUCAACCUCAGUGGCUGCUGAUGCUGCCGGCGCCGGCGCCGGCGCCGCUGAGUGCGCGGUCUGCCUCGGCGUCCUGGACGAGGGGCAGAUGGUGAGGCAGCUCUCCGGCUGCAAGCACGUGUUCCACCAGGAGUGCAUCGACGUGUGGCUCGCGACGCGCGCGUCGUGCCCGGUCUGCCGCGGCAAGGCCGAGCCGCCGGCGCGGGCCGAGGACCGGGCCACCGCAGCUUCCGCGCCGCCGCGUGUCGCGGCGGUCGAGAUGUUGGGCGACGAGUUGGAGCUCGCCUCGUCGUCAACGCCGGUGGCGGCUUGUCUUGACUUGACGGCGCCCCGCCAACUUGUGUACAGCAGUGGCCAAUCGCAGUGAUUGCCUGGUAGAAGUUUGAGUCUAAGACAGCAACAUCUGCAGCUGCAGCUGCAGGCCGUUGCUGUGGAAUAAUUUUGCAUACUUUGACCAUUCUCUUCUACCUAUAAUACUACAUGUCCGUAUAAAAUUCUGUAUUACU